AUGUCGUCCAGUCAAAAAGGACCUUCCUCCUCGCCAUCCUCUGCUUCAUUUGGUGCAUCCCAACCAGUCAAGAACACCUUUUUGCGUCGGUAUUCGACACUUAUAGCGAUCAAACUCCUUGAGCGUAUUCGACCUCGACAAGGGAAUGUUCUCAUGUUGACGGGCGGAAUUUGCGUUAAGCACGGGUGUCGCGUUUAUUUAUCUGAGGCAUCAACAAUGCGGUUCAUAUCGCAGCAUACAUCUAUCCCGGUACCAAAGGUUUUCUGUGCAUUCACUCGAUCCGGGCGGACCUAUAUCGUGAUGGAAAGGAUUCAGGGAGACAUAAUUGGCAAACGCUGGGUUUAUCGAAGUGAGGAUUCAAAGGCGAAACUUCUUUCGCAAUUAGCUGAGAAAAUCCUCGAGAUGCGGAAACUUCAACCCCCAGAAGGCAAUAUGAUUGCUAAUGUUGAUGGCGGGUCACUUUUUGACUGUCGUGUUGCGGGCACUUCCUUGCGCUUCGGUCCAUUUAAAAACAUCCAAGACUUCCAUCGGCAUAUACGCAUGGGCAUGGAAUUUGAUCCAAGGCUUCCCCCUGACAUCCAGGAACUUAUCAAACAGCACAGCAAGACUUGGCCUUUGGUAUUUACGCACGGCGACCUUAGCAGCCUCAGCAUUCUUGUUCGUGGAGAUGAUCUCGUUGGUAUCAUUGAUUGGGAAACUGCUGGUUGGUAUCCGUCAUAUUGGAAAUACACUACUGCCUACCAAGUCAAUCCACACAACACUUUUUGGGUCCAUGAGAUUGAUAAAUUCCUACAGCCAAUGCCGGAAGAGCUCGCGAUGGACCAGGUCCGCCUAAAAUACUUUGCAGAUGUUUAA